AUGACAGAGUCUGAUUCUGAAUUAAAAGCUAAUCUAGGUCGUUUACGAACAUUUAUUCAACAAGGAAAAAUCAAAAAAAUUAAGUAUCUAUUGACUAAUCAAUCAAAACAAUUAAACUAUUUCCUGGAACAAGAAUUUGAUGGAUGUGCUUAUGCCACAAAAUUUAAACAAGAGAAAGUUUUACGUCUAUUACAUGAAUAUGGAUUUCCAUUAGAUGGCUAUCCGAAUACAUAUUCAAUUACAGCUUUAAUCAUUGCUAUUCGUCGUAAUGAUCUUACUUUUAUUCGAACACUUAUUGAACUUGGCUGUGAUGUUAAUCAUUCUGUUCGCUCUUAUACAAUCAUUCCAUUACUUGAAGCGUACCAGAUAUGUAAAAAUAAGCAGAAUAAUCUUUUUUUGUUUGAUACUAGUAAGAAAAUUUUCCAAUAUCUUCUACAAUCUGGUGCUUCACCAAAUAUUUACAAUAUACAUCAUAUGCGUAUUGUUCAUUUAACAGUAAUCGAUGGUGAAUUUGAUUUCUUACACUUUCUACUAGAUCAUGGUGCUUAUGUUAAUGUAAUUACAGCAACACAUCGUAAAAAUUUACUUCAUCUUAUCUGUGAUAGAACAGUUGAACAAUCAACAGAAAAUCUUCUUCAAAUUCUUCGUAAACUUAUUCAACUUGGUUGUAAUAUUAAUCAUCGAGAUGAUUGUUUUGAAACACCACUUAUGUGUACAUUACAUCAUGGUGGUAAUCUAACACUUGCACAUGAACUUAUUACUGAAGGUACUCGACUUGAUUGGAAGAAUAAUUUCGGUAAUACUUAUUUAACACGUGCUGUUCAUUAUGCUUUAUAUGAUCAUGCUCGUAUGGCUCUUUAUGCUGGUGCGCCAUGUCGUGCAAGACAAUGUUCAUUUCCUUAUAUGAAUCGUUAUUAUCAACAAGAACAAUCGACUAAUGAAACAAGUCUUAUGGAUGCUAUUGUUGAUUAUGAACAAUUUAUGGGUGAACUUGAACGGUAUUUAUUAAAACCAAGACAAUUAAAAGAUAUAACACGAUUAAUCAUACGACAAAAUCUUCCUUGUCCAUUGAGUAAAUCAAUAAUUGAACUUGAAAAUUAUUUACCUCAUUCCCUUAUUCAAUAUUUAAUGUUAAAAGAGAUGAAAACAGUGCUAAACAUUGAAUUUUAA